AUGCCUUCUGGACCGACCUCCCCGACGAACCAGGAUGCGCCAGCCACGGGCGAAGCCUCUGAGCUUGUAAUCCCCCAGGAAGCCUUCGCAAACCUAGUGAACGAACUCGUCCAGAACAUCGCGUCCGACAAGGAGCUGACUUUCGACGAGUCAGCCAUGCACGCCCUACAGUUGACCGCCGAACGCGCCCUGCGUCAGUGGUUUGAAGCCUCAUCCAUUCUCGCCGAGGCCGCGUCACGGGAGACUCUUGAACUCGAGGAUGUUGAAGUGAUGAGAGAAAUAGCAAAGAUCUUUGGCUAUAAGACUCUGUGA